CCCCGUCGGGUCCCGGGAACCGAACCCGAAGGAGAGGAGGGGGGCCCCCAUGGAUUUAGGGGGGAGGGGAAAGCCAUGGGGGUUACCCCCCCGGAACCCCUUUCCCGGGCGCGAGCUCUCCGCUGGAAGAGGCGCGGAGAGACAUUUUCCCCAGGAUCUUAAGUGUGGGGGCGGCUGGCUGGGGGGCUCGUCCGGCCCAACGCCCGAGGCGAGGGAAAGAGAGAGUUGGCGGAGGAAGCAGACUACGUGCAGGGCCAUGGCCUAGGCCCUUCGGCCCCGGCCCGGGCCCCGGCCGUAAUGACCUCUGUGCCCUGCCCCCUCCCUGGCCGGGACGCCUCCAAAGCUGUCUUCCCAGACCUCGCCCCCGUCCCGUCGGUAGUGGCUGCCUACCCGCUUGGCCUGUCCCCCACAACCGCAGCCUCCCCCGAUUUGUCCUACUCCGGGCCGUAUGGCCACCUCCUGUCCUACCCCUACUCCGGGCCAGCGACCCCCAGGGACUCCUACCUGCCCUGCCAGCAACCCGCGGCGCCUUCGCAGCCGCUCUGUGGCCCCGCGGAGCACCCACAGAAACCGGAGGCAGACUCUGAGAAGCCGCUGCUGUCCCGAGAGCCCUCGGACGGGCGCCCGCAGGCCCCGGCCAAGAAGCUGCGCAAGCCCAGGACCAUCUAUUCGAGCCUGCAGCUGCAGCACCUGAACCAGCGCUUCCAGCACACGCAGUACCUGGCGCUGCCGGAGAGGGCCCAGCUGGCCGCGCAGCUCGGCCUCACCCAGACCCAGGUAAAGAUCUGGUUCCAGAACAAGCGCUCCAAAUACAAGAAGCUCCUGAAACAGAACUCUGGGGGACAGGAAGGGGACUUCCCUGGGAGGACCCCUUCAGUGUCUCCCUGCUCCCCACCCCUACCAUCCCUCUGGGAUCUACCCAAGGCAGGGGCCCUGCCCACCAGUGGCUAUGGCAACAGCUUUGGCACCUGGUAUCAGCAUCACUCCCCAGAUGUGCUGGCUCCGCCUCAAAUGAUGUGAGUCCAGGCAGGGGCAGGUCAGCCCCAGCCCUCCUACAAAGCCCAGGACCCAACCCACCUGCACCUCUUCUGUGCUGGGAGAAAACCAGCUCCAGAUGGGUAUUCUCUGGAGGACAAGGAGCUGGAGAAGGAAAAGGGAUGGGGUGGAGUCCUGUACCCCCAACCCAAAGAGCUAAUCAAGGACCUCAGCCUUAACCACUGCCUUCCAGCACUACCAUGGACUGGACACCUUC